CGUCGUUGACAACCAACCCUCGUGUCUUUUACCAGAAACCCGAUGAGAGAUACGCAGGAUUCUGAAAUGUGCACAAGCACUUGAUUUGCAGUGCAGCUGUUGCGUUCCACCAAUUCACUGCCAAUCAUCCAGAAUCACGUGCAGGCCACAGCAGUCACGCCCCUCUCAUCGCAUCUGAGGCAUUGAGGGAUCGCAGGUAAAUUGUCGUUUGAACAUGUUCUAUCAGUUCAAGAGAUGUCAAGUAAACAGGCGGCCUGCUUAACAUGCAGGAGAAGCAAGAUCAAGUGCAAGCGUGAGCUAGGGUCCAGUGUUUGCGCAAAGUGCGCGGUUUCAGGUGGAGAAUGUGUAAUUCCCAAUUUCCACGUCGGAAGACAAAAGGGCGUUAAGAACAAACGAACUGGCCUGGAUAAAGCAGUCUUCCAAAUUGCAGAGGCUCUUAAGAAAUCUAAAUCGGAUACUCUUGCGAACGAAGCUACAUUAGAACAGUUGCGACAGCUCCUCGAUGUAACUCAAAGUAGUUCAUCUGAUGCCGGAAGCAAUGGUAUAUCUGCAAACAUUGCAUUCCUGCCAGAGAAGGAUGUUGCCGGUCACACGAGUGACGAUCAACUUGCCCUCGAUGAUGCAGAAAACCCUCUUCAACUACUAGCUCGAGCAUCAGAUCUCCGCCUAACAUCACCCUCGCAACUCGCAGAGGCUAGCCCAGGAACACCCUCGGAUAGGAACCAGGAAACUGACAUCCAGCGUUUCUUCCAACCGAUGAAAGCGAACAUCGAUCAAAGUCCAGAAUGGGAUCCUAUUGAGGCCGGUCUAGUAACUCUUGGUGAGGCAGAGAUGCUCAUGACAUUCUUUCAUGAAAAGCUUGCGCACACUAGAUGGGGCAUGGAUCCAGUCGUACACACCCUCUCUUUUGUGCGCAACCGAUCGGCCUUUCUAUUCACAUCGGUGUUGACAGCUUCUUCUCGUUUCGUCCCUGGCAUGGGCGCAUUAUCUCGACGUUUGCUCCUUCAUCGACUGUCACUCGCUCAACAUGUUAUUGCGAAGCGGCUUCGCUCAGUUGAGAUCGUGUUGGCAUUCAUCAUCAAUGUUCCUUGGAUGCACCCCCAACACUAUGCCAGUGAUGAUGACACUGGUGUAUACAUUGGUGUUGCUCUCAGCAUUGCGCUCGAUCUAUCUUUGAAUAAGAUUGUGACACCCUCCUGGUCGUUCGACCCAGCAAUUAUGAAGAGAGUGGGGAAAGCGGACUGCAUUGACGCGAGAAAAGCGUUGGCAACGGAUGGCUUCGAAGAUAUCGACCCAACAUCUGAGUGGGGUCAACGGCUUCUAAGACGGCGAGAACGCGCAUGGUUCGCUCUAUUCGUACUUGAGCGAGGUGUCUGCCUUGCUCGAGGCCGUAGUUACAGUGUACCCAUCACUCCUCUGGUCAGGCAUUGUGAUCACUGGCAUCUCAGUGAAGUUGCUGAUCCGCAUGAUGGGGCAAUGCUAUCUAUGAUCGCCCUUCGCAGAGACUUGGAUGGUCUCUUCAGCACGAUCCGAUCCAGAUGUGACAGCUAUAGAGCAUCCGACGAUGGUGCAAAUGUCGCGCGGGACCUCGAAACCAUGAUGAACAAGUUUUUCAACGAAUGGCUUACAUCAUGGACAAAGUCCAUUGGCGAGGGAGAACAGAAAACACUUCCUCCCUAUGUUGAGAUUUUGGUCACACACACAAGGCUGUCGACAUACAGUGGUGUCAUGAACCAUCCCACAGCACCUUCUGAAGUCAAGAGGCUUUUCCGGGCAUCUGCAUUAUCAUCUGCAUUGAACGUCAUGCGCGCUGCAAUACAGGGAGAGGCUCGACUUAUGUCCAUGCCAAAUAACACUGUUAUCAUGAUUUCAUUUGCCGCUUGCGUCGCCCUUAGCCUAAGUACUCCCUCACCAAACGGAAACCAAAAGCUUGCCCCGAGCGUACGAAACUUGAUAGAAGAGGUAGCUACAGUCAUGGAGCGCAUCGGUAGCACACCAUCCCACAGAAACGGCAUAUCGAUACUCUAUGGCAAAUACCUCCGUGAGCUUGUCAAGCAAGCUCCCGAAAUCACGCAACCUCCUCGCCCAGCACCUACAGCCGAUCCACAACAAUCUUCGUUUAUCGAAAACCCGAUGUUGGUGUCAACGGAACCAACGAUGAAUCCUUUUAACCAGACAGCAUUUGCCAUGCCCGAGGAUUGGACCUCGCCACUGCAGUUCUCGACCAUGUCGCCGAACGAACUGACGCAGACGGUCAUGGAUGCAGCAGACUUUGAGGCAGGGCUAUUCGAUAUCACUAUGGAGGACCCAAACGCGUUUGCGUUCAUGGACUGGAUGAAUCCACCUGAUUUUGGGUUUCAAUGAAUGGUCAUUGUCAUACAAAUAUUCCGCAUUUCGCUGAACAAAAUGUACCGUGUUGCCGUAGCCUCGAUGGGCUUUAUGAUCUCUCAUUACCAUUAUAAUAUCCAUCUGCUCGCUUUGUAUUAGGACGCGGCGCCUCUAGUGGAGAAGAAACUGGGGCCAUGGGGCAUUGAGCAGUACAAUGAAACUGACGAGAGUGUUCGUCUUCACUCCUACUUUCCCAAGCAUUGUCCACAGUCUCCAAGCUGUGGUGGCCUUUUGUCUCGCUCCACUUUCUUACAAUCGAAC